GGCAACGGAGGAAGGAAGAGGAAAACAAGGCAGCUGUCCAAAACAAAAACACAUCCCUGCAUCUCUCCCGUUACAGAGAGGUUAGACUUGACUGAGUACUGCGGAAAUUGCAGUACGAAAUGUCAGUGCUGAGAUGAUUUAGGAAAACGAGAUGCUUCGUCUCUGACAGCACCGACGCGGACGCAGGCAUCAUGGGCCAGCUGUUUUCAUCCGAAGAAGAGCUCUCUCGGGUUAAAGGUGCAGUUGGCUCGCUCCUCUACGAUGCGAUGUCGGGAGGUGGCGCCGUGCCCGACCUCGGAGUCGUUCACCCUCUCCUCCUCGCCAAUCAUGGCGCCGACUCCCAGGUCCGCCUUCGGGAACAACUGCGACAGCUGCAGGGUGACAUUGGGAACAAGGCACCCAGCUACCUUAAGGAUCUGAUCAGCAGAUUGUCGACCUUCUCAGAUGAGCCACGCGUGGCCGGCCUGGUGGGAUUAGUGGUUACUAUGGUAAUGGAUAUGGCCUACACUUCAUCAAAACAGUCAUCUGGUGUGAAAGGGAAGUCAGCGGGGUCUUCAUCACGUCAGCAGAGAGUGUGCGAGCUCCAGGAGGUGAUGGAGGAGUACCUGAAGCGCUGUAGGAUCAACCUGAAUGACAAAAGCAAGCUGAUCCAGGACUCCAUCAGACUUGAGGCCCAGCUGAGCCUCACCCUCACACAACUGAAGACCUGUCUGCUGGCGGGAGACUGCGACUCCAGGUCUCUGAGGCACUGGGCCAGCGGUGCAGCGUUUCACACCCAGAUGUUGGUUCACCUGGCGGGGUUUGAGAGUCAGGCUGAGCCUCUGUCUGCAAGGGCAGCACUCGAGCAAUAUAAGGACGACCUCACACAGAUCAUACCGGCUUACAGGCAAUAUAAGUCAAAAACAGUGUGUGUUGUGAAAUGUCAUGGGGGCCUCCUGGCAUCAUGUGACCCGUCCAGUGAGUUGCCAGAGGAGGGAUCCAUGACAGGACUCACUGUGACAGACAGAGAGACAGGAAAGAGUGUGACCAUCCCUCUGUCAGAUAUGGAGGCAGAGACAGGGGGAAGAAAUGGAGGCUCUAAGUCUGAUAAAACCUCUGCAAUCGAACCCUUCCACAUUAACCUGGACCUGAUCACCUCAGAUCAGUACGCCCAGGCAUACCUGGACCGUCUGUUCUCUGAUAAAGGACCCGUGGCAGAGCUGGAGAACUACUUUAUGAAGGCUAGUGACAAUCUGAGAACGUUGACAACUAAACUAGCAUGUAAAAACAAGACAGAGGUGAGCAACGGGUUGCAAACAAGUGAUGGAGCGCAUCUUGUAGACCGGGCAGAGGGCAUGGCUGGAGACCGAAGAGAGGAUAGAGGCACAGGAGGUACAGAAAGGAAAAAAGGAGGGAGCAGAAGACAAGAGGAGACGGAGGAAUGCAAGCGGAGAGAUGAGAGUUUGCAGCUGAGUAUUGUGGAGACACAGCCUGAUGACAGCAUUGCUCAAAGUCUUCAUACUACAACAAGUACAUGACAGGACAUUAUCAGUCAUGAUCACAGUUAUUUAUUGAAGAGAAACAUUAAACUCCAAUCAAAUAAAUAAAAGAUGUGUACAAAG